AAGAUAUUUAAUAAAUUGAGAAAAGGAAUAGAAAAGACCAAAAGCAACAGGCUAAGCGAGACACACACACACGCGCAGUCUUCUUCAUCUUGCUUGCUUCUGGUUGCUUAACCAAAACACCAUGGAAUCUCCCUAAAUUUCCUCACCUACUCACUUCCAAUUUCAACCUGCUCGAUUCUUCCCCUCUUCUUCGCAAAAGCCCUAGUUUUGAUCAUCGCACUUCACUCUCCUCCGCAUGAGAAAUCGAGAAAUCCGCUCGACGUAGUAGAUAGAUAAAACCACAAAGUUAGGGUUUUUUCAAUUGGGUAUGGAACCUCGUGUUGGGAACAAGUUUCGCCUUGGCCGCAAAAUUGGGAGCGGCUCUUUCGGAGAGAUUUACCUCGGAACUGAUGUUCAGACUAACGAAGAAGUUGCUAUUAAGCUUGAAAGUGUGAAGACUGCGCAUCCGCAAUUGUCAUAUGAGUCGAGGAUAUAUAGAGUUCUUCAGGGUGGAACUGGGAUUCCAAAUAUGAAAUGGUAUGGUGUUGAGGGGGACUACAAUGUCUUAGUCAUGGAUUUGCUUGGUCCAAGUCUUGAAGAUUUGUUUAGUUAUUGCAAGAGGCAGUUUAGCUUGAAGACUGUUCUUAUGCUUGCUGAUCAAAUGAUAAAUCGUCUCGAGUUCAUUCAUUCUAAGUCGUAUCUUCAUCGUGAUAUAAAGCCGGAUAAUUUUCUCAUGGGCUUAGGGAGGCGGGCAAAUCAGGUCUACAUCAUAGACUAUGGUUUGGCUAAGAAAUAUAGAGACAGCUCAACUCAUAGACAUAUCCCAUACAGGGAGAAUAAAAGUCUAAUUGGGACUCCGAGGUAUGCCAGCUUGAACACUCACCUAGGGAUUGAGCAAAGUCGGAGAGAUGAUAUAGAAUCGCUUGGUUACAUCCUCAUGUAUUUCCUCAAGGGAAGUCUCCCUUGGCAAGGGCUGAAAGCUGGAAACAAGAAACAGAAGUAUGAUAAGAUCAGCGAAAAGAAGGUUUCAACUUCCAUCGAAACGUUAUGCAGAGGUCAUCCAACAGAGUUUGCAUCUUACUUCCAUUACUGCCGCUCACUUAGGUUUGAUGAUAAGCCAGACUAUGCAUAUUUGAAGAGACUAUUCCGCAACCUUUUUAUCCGGGAAGGUUUUCAGUUUGAUUUUGUGUUUGACUGGACAGUAUACAAGUAUCAGCAAUCACAAUCUGGAAACCCUCAACCUCGUCCCCAUGAUGGUGGUGUUGGAACUAGUUCUGGAUUAAACCCUGCGGUUGGCAAUUCUGAGAAGCGUCCAGAUGUCCCAAAUCAGAGGACAAAUCCGGAUUUUACCCUGAAGCAGAAAGACAAGAAUGGAAAUGAUUCUGCAAUUGCAAAGGACAAGCUGCUACCUGGAUCUUUGAACUUGGGCCGAUCAGAGGGAUCAUCGUCAAGACGAGUUGUGGACACGAGCAGUCGUGAACCAUUUAGUGGCGGGAGUGACAAUGCAAACUAUGAAACCGCACUCAAAGGCAUUGAUGGUUUACGGAUCAAUAACAAUGCAGGCGAUGAGACAGCAGCAACGCCACAAUCAAAUGGAGACGAUGUAGAACCCCAAAGCAAAGCUCUCUGACUGAUUCAUACAAAGCAGCUAUAAAACAAAACCUGUACUCACUCAGUGACGUUGUCUAUGAUUCUUCUGAAGAAAGGCUAUUUUCACAGCUAGAGAACUGAUGAUAUAUAAGAGAGAGAUAAUAUAGAUUUAUUAUACCAAACGAAAGUGCUUAAACUAUGAUUCUUCAAAUAUUCAUUUGUCUCCUCCAUUUGUAUAGAGAAACUCUUCGAAUUUUAAGAUCCUUCCUCUCUGAUAAUAUUUGCGGAAUGAUAUAAAAUCCAGUGGGGGAUAAGAGUAAGUUAAUAUCUUGUUUUAUGUUUCAUAUCU